AUGGGCACCAAAGCAAUGGAUCCAAGAAAAUCAAAUUCCACACCAACCCCUUUCUUCCUCCUCUUCUCACUCUUCUCUCUUGCUGCCUGUCAUGAACACCACCCACUAGACCCCCUCACUCCAUUUGAGCAGACUCAAGUCCAGACCAUUGUCAAGAGCUUAUACCAGAAUGUAACCUUCCACUAUGUAGGCUUAGAUGAGCCUGACAAGGCAGCAGUCCUGUCAUGGCUAUCAAGCCCUCAAACCAACCAAAUCCCAGAUCGCCAGGCAUUCGUCAUAGCUCGUGCUGAUUCCCAAAGCCAUGAAAUCGUCGUCAAUUUAGCUACAAAAGAGGUUGUGACGGACAAAGUCUACGAUGGCUAUGGAUAUCCCAUGCUCACAUUUGAGGAGCAAGCAGCUGCCACUCAGCUCCCUCUAACAUACGCACCAUUCCUGGCCUCCAUUGAGAAAAGAGGCCUUAUAUUAGAUCAAGUUUUCUGCGGGAGUUUCACCGUCGGGUGGUAUGGGAGUGAAGCAAGCAAAAGGGUUGUUAGAUUGAUGUGCUAUUACAUAAAUGGCACUAUCAAUUUUUACAUGAGACCUAUAGAGGGGAUAACAUUUACUGUAGAUCUUGAGGAGAUGAAGAUUAUAGGAUACCACGACCGUGUCGUUGUUCCGGUACCGAAAGCUGACGGGACGGACUACCGAGAAGCGGUGCAGAAAUCCACGUUUGACAAUCAUUUGAAGAGCAUAACAAUAUUGCAGCCUGAUGGACCGAGUUUCACAGUUGAGGGACACACUGUAAGGUGGGCUAAUUGGGAGUUCCAUGUAGCGUUUGACAUGCGAUCGGGCCCAAUUAUAUCGCUGGCCUCAAUAUACGAUCACAAGGAGGAUGAGUAUCGUCGCGUGAUGUAUAGAGGUUUUGUAUCAGAACUCUUCGUUCCGUAUAUGGACUUAACUGAGGAGUGGUACUACAGAACCUUUCUGGACGCUGGCGAAUUUGGGUUCGGUCAGUCAGCUGUACCGCUCCAGCCGCUAAGAGAUUGUCCAGAGAAUGCAAUGUUUCUGGAUGGCUACUUCACUGCGCAGGACGGAACGCCUGCAAAAAUAUCGAACGUGUUUUGCUUGUUUGAACGGUAUGCUGGAGAUAUAAUGUGGCGCCACACAGAAGGUGCUCUUCCUGGAGACUUGGUUACAGAGGUUAGACCAGAUGUGAGCUUAGUCUUAAGGAUGGUUUCAACUGUGGCAAACUAUGACUACGUUAUCGACUGGGAAUUUAAGCAAACCGGCACGAUUAAAGUCACUGCUGGACUAACAGGUUUGCUAGCAGUGAGAGGCUCAAUUUACACACACAAAGACCAGAUAAUGCAGGAAGAGUAUGGCACAUUAUUGGCAGAAAACGUUCUCGGACCGUACCAUGAUCACUUUAUCAGUUUCCACCUAGACUUAGACAUCGAUGGUGAGACAAAUUCCUUUGUCAAGGCUAAAUUGCAACGAGCCCGUGUGACCGAUGGUAGAUCACCAAGGAAAAGUUAUUGGAGAGUUGUUAAUGAAACUGCUAAGAGGGAGUCAGAUGCCAAGAUCAAUUUGGGCUCAGGAGCAACUGAGAUACUUGUUACAAAUCCUAACAAGAAAACUAAGGUGGGGAACGACAUCGGCUACCGUUUGAUCCCAAGAACGGUGGCAAGUCGCCUUCUAGCCAACGACGACUAUCCACAGAAACGCGCAGCGUUUACCAAGUAUAAUGUGUGGGUUACACCUUACAACAGAUCAGAAAAAUGGGCAGGAGGGCUCUUUGUUGAUCAGAGCCAUGGAGAUGAUAACUUAGCAACAUGGAGCCUCAGGGAUAGGGAAAUAGAGAAGAAGGACAUUGUGUUAUGGUACACGCUAGGCUUUCAUCACGUCCCCUGCUCUGAAGAUUUUCCCAUCAUGCCCACUUUGACUAAUGGCUUCGAGCUCAAGCCCACCAAUUUCUUUGACUACAAUCCUAUGCUCAAAUUCAAACCUCUCAAACAAGUCCCCACCCCCUCUAAUUCUACUUCAUCCAUCCAUCUCCUUCCUCAAUGAUGUAGUCCAGGUCUUUACGAAAGGAUGAAACUGAAAAUUUUACCCGCGACACGAUAAUUCACCGGUGAAAAUACGAUUUUUGAGAGAGUGUUUUAGUAAGAGUCGUCACUAUCAAUUAAUAGUAGUUGGGUUGAAAAAAAAAUAUUUUUGGUAUUUAUAAUAGUGUUGGAAGUUAUAUUGUGUGGUGGAUUGCAUUUGUUUAA